AUGGCGUCGUUUCUAAAGGCUGCGCAAGAGGAGGGCAUCUGUGUGGAGUACUCCGAGUCCUACUACAGAACACAACCGCACAGUAAACUGGAGAGAGUGGCAAACGUCAUCCGCAGAUCAACAGCCCGGGUAAUAGUAGCGUUUCUUCAAUCUGGCGAAAUGAGGUUACUGAUGAGAGAACUGGUAAGACAGCCGCCGCCUCCCCUUCAGUGGAUCGGAAGUGAAGCGUGGAUCAUGGAUCCAGAUGUUCUGCGCUUUAACAUGUGCGCUGGGGCGAUAGGUUUCGGGGUCCCCCGCUCAGUGAUUGCAGGUUUUCGUGAGUUUCUUCUGGAUCUCUCUCCAGCACAAGCACUGGAAUCACCUCUGCUGACGGAGUUUUGGGAGAGCUCGUUCAGCUGUAGCCUAAAAGGCUCCUCAGAAGGCGCGCGGAAAUGUGACGGCAGCGAGGAUAUCCCCGCGCUGCAGAAUCCAUAUACAGACACGUCGCAGCUGCGCGAGUCUAACCUGGUGUACAAAGCUACGUAUGCCAUAGCGCAUGCCAUCCACGGUGUUAUCUGUAACGACACUCAGUGCGACCAAAGGGCAAAAUUUGCGCCAUGGCAGAUACUCGACCAACUGAAGAGAGUGUACUUCACCAAAAACAAUGUUUUUCAGGUCUCCUUUGAUUCCAAUGGUGAUCCUGUGGCCGUCUACGAGCUCAUAAACUGGCAGUUUAAUAAAGACGGAGGUUUGGAUUUUGUGACUGUGGGCCACUAUGACUCAUCCAGACCAAGAGGCCAGGAGUUCAGUGCCAAGAUCUGUGUGCAUGUAGCAGCCAGCAACAGUGACCCGGUCAGCUGCAGGCUGUGGGCUGAUCCUCAGAUGCCUGGACUUUCAAUGAAUGGAGAUUUUAUAAUCGGGGGAAUUUUUUCCGUUCAUUUCUACACGACUUCAGAGCAGAACAGCUACACCAGACAACCACUGCAGCCACAGUGCUCUGGGAGGUGGCUGCGAAUCGUCCGUGCCAUGGAGUUCGCCAUCCACGAGAUCAACAACAAAACAGAUCUCCUGCCGGGAAUCACGUUAGGAUACCAGAUACACGACGCGUGCGCUGCAGUGCCGAUGGCAACGAAAGUUGCAUUUCAGUUUGCAAACGGGAUGGAACCAUUUUUCAAUCAUACUGAUUCCUGUUCAAAAUCUGCAGCCGCCGCUGUUCCUGCUCUCGUGGGAGAGUCUAAUUCCAGUCCAUCAAUAAGCAUGGCCAGAAUGCUGGGACUCUUUGGAAUUCCACAGGUGAGUCACUUCGCAACCUGCGCAUGUCUGAGCGAUAAGCGUCAGUUUCCUGCCUUCUUCAGGACCAUACCUAGUGACCAUCACCAAGCGGCUGCCCUAGCAAAAACAGUCAAGCGCUUUGGCUGGACAUGGAUUGGGGCAGUGCGCAGCGACACAGACUAUGGAAAUUAUGGAAUGGCGUCGUUUCUAAAGGCUGCGCAGGAGGAGGGCAUCUGUGUGGAGUACUCCGAGUCCUACUACAGAACACAACCGCGCAGUAAGCUGGAGAGAGUGGCAAACGUCAUCCGCAGAUCAACAGCCCGGGUUAUAGUAGCGUUUAUUCAACCAGGUGAAAUGAGGUUUCUGUUAGAGGAGCUGACAAGACAGCCGCCGCCUCCCCUUCAGUGGAUCGGCAGUGAAGCGUGGAUUAUGGAUCCAGAUUUUCUGCGCUUUAACAUGUGCGCUGGGGCGAUAGGAUUUGGGAUCCCCCGCUCAGUGAUUCCAGGUCUUCGUGAGUUUCUUCUGGAUCUCUCUCCAGAACAAGCACUGAAAUCGCCUCUACUAACGGAGUUUUGGGAGAGCUCGUUCAGCUGUAGCCUGAAAGGCUCCUCAGGGGGCGCGCGGAAAUGUGACGGCAGCGAGGAUGUCCGCGCGCUGCAGAACCCAUAUACAGACACGUCCCAGCUGCGCGUCACAAACAUCGUGUAUAAAGCUACGUAUGCCAUAGCGCAUGCCAUCCACGGUGUUAUCUGUAAUGAAUCGCAGUGCGACAAGAGCGCUAAAUUCACACCAUGGCAGAUACUCGACCAGCUCAAGAGAGUGGACUUCACUACAAAGAAUGGUUUCCAGGUCUCCUUUGAUUCCAGUGGUGAUCCUGUGGCCGUCUACGAGCUCAUAAACUGGCAGUUUAAUAGAGAUGGUGGACUGGACUUUGUGACUGUGGGUCACUAUGACUCAUCCAGACCAAGAGGCCAAGAGUUCAGUAUGAGCAGAGCUAUCAGCUGGAUGGGGGGACAGACCGAGGUGCCAAGAUCUGUGUGCAGUGAGAGCUGUCCUCCAGGGACCAGGAAGGCUGUGCAGAAAGGAAAGCCAGUCUGCUGCUAUGACUGUAUACCAUGUGCAGAAGGAGAGAUCAGUAACAAGACAGACUCUUUGAACUGUGUGCGCUGCCCUCCUGAGUUCUGGCCUAAUGCUCAGCGAGACAGCUGCCUUCCCAAACCUGUGGAGUUUCUGUCCUGGGACGACUCUCUGAGCAUCAUCCUGACAGUGUUCUCCAUCACUGGGGCCUUUGUGGCUGUAUGUGUGACUGCUGUCUUCUACAAACACAGAAUGUCUCCCAUCGUCCGAGCCAACAACUCAGAGCUGAGCUUCCUGCUGCUCUUCUCAUUGACUCUGUGUUUCCUCUGCUCACUUACUUUCAUUGGUCAGCCCUCUGAGUGGUCCUGUAUGCUGCGCCACACAACGUUUGGGAUCACCUUCGUCCUCUGCAUCUCCUGUGUUCUGGGGAAAACAAUAGUGGUGUUAAUGGCCUUCAGAGCUACACUUCCAGGCAGUAAUGCCAUGAAAUGGUUUGGGCCUCCACAGCAGAGACUCAGUGUUCUCGCCUUCACUCUCAUACAGGUCCUUAUUUGUGUUCUUUGGUUGACAAUAUCUCCUCCUCUCCCCUUCAAAAAUCUGAAGCAAUACAAGGAAAGGAUAAUACUGGAAUGUGGAUUAGGUUCAGCUAUAGGUUUCUGGGCUGUGCUGGGUUAUAUAGGAUUUCUGGCUCUUUUGUGUUUUAUUUUGGCUUUUCUAGCACGGAAGCUGCCUGAUAAUUUCAAUGAAGCCAAGUUCAUCACAUUCAGCAUGCUCAUAUUCUGUGCGGUUUGGAUCAGCUUUAUCCCAGCUUAUGUAAACUCACCUGGAAAGUUCACUGUAGCUGUAGAGAUAUUUGCUAUUCUGGCUUCAAGCUUUGGAUUGUUUAUUUGUCUUUUUGCUUCCAAGUGUUUCAUAAUCAUGUUUAGGCCAGAGCAGAAUACCAAGAAACACCUUAUGGGUAAAGUUCCCUCCAAGGCUCUUUGA